UUUGCACCAGACUUGCCGUAGAUGGCUAAAGGCCCAGGGACAGUCCCCUAGUUUAGUGGCCCUGGCACCCAAAAUGGGAAUCCCCUGGCGCUAGCCGCUGCUCUCUUGGGCUAGGUGACCUGGACUCUCCUCGCUGAUAGGCCAUGACACGGACACCAGCGGCAAACUGACCCCGAAAAGUUGGGCUUUGUUGGCGGGAGUACAGACGGACGCAAACUAUGUAGGGGGAUGGUGACAUACAUGCUGCUCUUUGACUCUUUGUCCCUAUAAGUAAUCCCGCCCCAUUCCCUCUCUUGCUCGACUAAUACACGGACUCACGUACAUACCCUUGCCUCGUACAAACGCUUCGACACUCCUUUGGUCCUGCUUUUCUGUUUCUUUCUUGCUUUUUUACUAUCCUUUUCAUCUUCUCUUUUUUACAUCAUGCGUGCCUCUCUUCUCUCUCUUGCCGCCGUGGCCGCCGCCAGCCCUCUUGCGCUGCGCUCCGAGCCCGCGCCUCUCGUCACCCGCGAUGAUGCGCCGGCGCACGUCGCCAACACAUACAUUGUCAAGUUCAAGGAGAACAGCGCCAUGCAGGUUGUCCACGACGCCAUCUCCCAGCACCUUGGCGGCCAGGACCACACCAUUGUCGAGCACGUCUUCCAGGGCUUCGUCGCCAACCUCGACAAGCUGACCCUCGAGCUGCUACGUCUCCUCCCCGACGUCGAGCACAUUGAGCAGGACUCUGUCGGCAAGAUCUCUGGCCAGGUUGUGCAGACCGGCUCUGUCUGGGGCCUUGGCCGCAUCUCCCACCGUGACCGUGGCCACAACGAGUACGUCUACGACGACGCUGCGGGCGCUGGCACCUGCGUCUACGUCAUUGACACUGGUGUCGAGGACACCCACCCCGACUUUGAGGGCCGCGCGCAUCAGAUCCGCAGCUACGUCUCGGGAUCUAGCCACGACGACAACGGCCACGGCACCCACGUGGCUGGCACUGUUGGCUCCAAGACGUACGGUGUUGCCAAGAAGACCACCAUCUUUGGCAUCAAGGUGGCCGACCACUCUGGCGCCUACCAGACGUCCAAUGUCAUUGCUGGCCUCGACUUUGUCGCCAGCGACUCGCGCAACCAGAACUGCCCCAAGGGCGUUGCCAUCAACCUGUCUCUCUACGGCAACAGAAGCGACGCCUUCAACAACGCCGUCAACAGCAUUGUCUCCAAGGGCUUCUUUGUGUCGGCCUGCUCCGGAAAUGAGAACAAGGAUGCCGGCGGCUUCUCUCCUGCGUCUGCUAGCAGUGCCUGCACUGUCGGCGGAAGCGACUCUGAUGACAAGCGCUACGAUGAGUCCAACUUUGGCCCCGAUGUCGACAUUAUCGCCCCUGGUGUCUAUGUUGAGUCGACCUACAUCAAUGGCGGCACCGCAGCCUACACUGGUACUUCCCAGGCCGCUCCCCAUAUCGCCGGUCUCGCCGUCUACCUUGCCAGCAAGGGCAACGGCGUCGCCAUGAACAACAUGUGCAGCGCUCUUGUUGCCGAUGCUACCAAGAACUACAUGGUCAACCAGUCUAGCGGCACCGUCAACUUGAUUGGCUACAACGGCGGCUCUGCUCCCGCUCAGAACGCCCCCAAGCCUCCCCCUCCUGCUGCGGCCCCUACUACCGCUGCUGCGGCUCCUAAGCCUACUGUUACUACUGCCCCCAAGCCUACUCCCACGACUUCUUCUGACAAGAGCACUCCUACCUGGUGGCCUUCUUGGUUCGGUUCGUUCUGGUAAUGGAAGGGUGUGUGUGUGUGUGUGUGUCAGCACAGGAGAGGGAUGUGGCAUCGGCGUAGUUGGUAGAGUAACUGCUAGUGUUUGUUUGUCUAGCAAAAAGUUCCUUUACUUAUUUUCUUUUCUGGUGGCCGCUUUGCUUGGAAAAAUUUCGUCCUCUUUAUUUUCUCAUGUAUAGACCGAUUUAGAUUAUUUUGUUCUUCUUUCACACUAUUUCUACUAUGUUAGUAUGCUAGUAGGUUACUAAAUUAAUAUAUUAGCCAAU